AUGGUUAGUCAAAGAACGUUCAACCAAGUUAGAGGUGCUAAUCUACUUUUAGAAAAUAAAUGUUUUAUGACAGCUGAAGAAGAAUGUCCUCUUCAUGGGAAACAAAUUAAGGUUCUUUUUAAAUCGAUGCGUAAACGAGAUAUGUUUAAAAUGGCUGCUGAUGGUAUCCUUUGGUGGUUUGAAUAUUAUUUUGAUGAUAAAUCUCCGAAUACAGUUAAUGAUGAUGGUAUAAGUGUAUUUUAUGUUGCAUAUCGUCAUGGUCAAACCUCGAUUGCAAAAUGGCUUCUAGAAAGAGGCGCUAAAUGUUAA